AUGGACCGUUACAGUGACACGUUAUUGGAUGAUGAAGCUGUCGACGAGGAUAGUUCUCUCAAUAUAACAGAGUCCGCAGAGCAUUCUGGGGCCGAUCCUCAUGCAAAUUUGCCAGUCUACCGCACGAUCCAUCGACCUCUGGUUGAUCAGUUAUAUGAUCCAGAAGACGUGUCUACCGUGUACUGUCUUCUAGUGAACCGUGCACAGUUCCUACGGGAGCAACACUAUCAGGGGCAUCUGCAGACUGUUAGCGUUACUCGUGCUACUCUCUGUGAGAUCCUAGCCAGUCGGGUGCUUCGUCGAUUUGACGAGGACAAUUCUGGUCUAGCGGGACUUUUGCUACUCGCUAAUAUUUUGGUGGCGGGGUUCGAGCCGUUUCAGAACGCACCUGAAAUGAUCGCAAGGACACGCCCAAAUGCGCUGCAGUGGCCAGUGCAGAAACGCGGAGGCUACGAGCGUAAAAUCACGGCCCUGGAAGUUGCCAUCAUAUCUGAAAGCAAGACAUUGCUCAGCUCAUCUGCGUGUCAGAAGGUAGUGGAUGCUGUCUACCGUGGACAGAUUAUCUACACACCCCUCUCAUUUGUCGAUAUCAUUCCCGAUCAUUACAAACAUCUCCCAAUCUCUCUAUAUAAUCCUCGGAAAGCGCCUAUCUUGAACCACCACCGGCUAAUAGUCCCACGGUUGCGCAACAUAAUUGAAAUAUGCCAGUUCGCUGUCCUUCUUCUAUUCUACGGUCUUACGAUGGUCUACCGUGAUGGGACUAAUGUAACCAGUUAUGAGGCAAUCUUCUGUGCUUAUGCGAGUGGAUGGUUGCUUGAGGAAUUCGCAGCUAUCAUUGAGCACGGAUGGUAUGUACACACACAGAAUGUUUGGUCUUUCCUUGAUAUCGCAUUCUUUGGUAUCUACUCUACCUAUUUCAUGUUGCGAACGUAUGCCGCGGUUGUUCAAGAUACCGAUCUGGCCACCAGUGCACUAGACAUCUUAUGCGUCGCAGCGCCUGUACUUCUACCACGGCUGGCGUUUAACCUUAUGCCAGAUAACAUGCUGUUUAUCUCGUUGCGAGCAAUGAUGAGGGAUUUCUCUGUACUGACCCUACUGGCCACAUGGUGUUUUGCCGGUUUCUUCCUAUCCAUGAAAUGGCUGAUUGGUACUCAUUCAGAUCAUGUUAUUGAUGUACCUGGUUCAGCCACUAUCUCAAAGUGGAUGCUCUGGAUUUGGUUCGGCCUUGAUGGUACCGGAUUCGAGCACUCAGUCGACUUCCAUGUCCUCCUCGGGCCUGCCCUGAUGAUUGCAUUUGCUUUUCUUGGCAACACGCUCUUCCUGACCGUCUUGGUAUCCACGCUCACCAAUACAUUCGCAAAAAUUGUGGAGAAUGCCACUGCGGAAGUCCAUUUUCGCCGCGCCGUACUCACUUUUGAAGGUGUCAAAAGUGACUCCAUCUUCGCCUAUCGUCCGCCACUGAAUAUCCUUGCACUGGUGAUUCUGCUACCUCUCAAAUUCGCCCUUUCAGCUCGAUGGUUUCACAAAGUGAAUGUAGGAGCGACAAGAUUUUUUAACGCCCCUAUGCUACUGGCUAUCGGCCUCUACGAGCGGCACCAGUUGUGGCAGGCUCCUAAAAAUGAAACCAACCGGUGGUACAAACGAACCUCUCUCUUUCAGUGGACUUUCUCUGGAUUCUCUCCACAUGGUGACAUCCAAGCCGUGUUUGAUAUCGAACCUCCCAAAAAUGUGUUUGAGGGCUCUUCGUGA